AUGUGGGUGUAUUUAGUUGGAAUUGCGUUAGUUUUAUGUAUUCUACAUAUAAUUCUAAACUAUAAUGAACAAGCUAGACUUCUUAGAAAGAUUCCUGGACCUCAGUACGACUUUCUUGUAGGAAAUGGCGUUAGGGCUUUCAGUUCAGGAGCUGCGUUAAUGAGAUUAGGGAGAGAAUAUGCCAAAACAUGGAAUGGUAUAUACAGAAUUUGGAUACCUCCUUUCGGUGCUGUGCUUAUAUAUAAUCCGGAAGAUAUUGAGACAGUUAUCUCCGGCACAAAGUAUAAUGACAAAAGCCUAAUUUAUGGGUUCCUGACGCCGUGGUUGCGAGAUGGAUUAUUGCUUAGCAGUGGUUCAAAAUGGCAAGAACGCCGCAAGAUUCUCACCCCUGCUUUCCAUUUCAAUAUUUUGCGACAGUAUUUCCUAAUUAUUGAAGAGAACAGUCAACGAUUCUUGGAUAAUCUGAAGCAAACGGCUGGGAAGCCCAUCGAUAUUGCCCCAGUUCUAUCAGAGUUUACUCUUAGUUCUAUAUGUGAGACCGCUAUGGGUACUCAACUUAAUGAAGAUUCAGGCUCUGGAAAAUCAUACAAACAGGCCAUAUACUCAUUAGGUUACGUAAUUAUGCACAGAUUUGUCAGAAUUUACUUGUAUCCUAAGUUUAUUUUUGAUUUAACAUCACUUGGAAGGGCACAAAGACAUCAUCUAGAAGCAGUUCAUAGGUUUACUAAACAAGUAAUACAAAAGAGGAAGGCUUACGUUGAUAAAUACGGCCCUAAUUUACCUGAUGACAACAUCGAUGAUGAAGUAUUUGUAUACAAAAAAAAGAAGAAGACGGCCAUGUUAGAUUUGCUGAUAUCAGCAGAGAGAGAAGGCCUGAUAGACAAAGAGGGUGUUCAAGAGGAAGUGGACACAUUCAUGUUUGAAGGACAUGACACCACUGCAUCAGGGCUUACAUUUUGCUUUUUGUUACUUGCGAACCACAAAGACAUUCAAGAUAAAAUUGUAUCUGAGUUAAAAGAAAUAUUCGGUGACUCAAAGCGAGCAAUUACAAUGGGAGAUUUAUCAAAGAUGAAGUACAUGGAAUGCUGUAUUAAGGAAAGCCUCCGAUUAUAUCCGCCAGUGCACUUUAUUAGUCGUAACUUGACUGAAGCUACAGUUUUGAGUAACUACACAGUUCCAGCCGGUACUUUGUGUCACAUUCCAAUCAUAGAUCUCCAUCGUCGCGCAGAUCUCUUCCCGGAUCCUGAGAAGUUUGACCCUGACAGAUUUUUACCAGAGAAUAGCGUGGGUCGUCAUACCUACUCAUACAUACCUUUCAGCGCUGGUCCUAGAAACUGCAUAGGUCAAAAGUUCGCUAUGAUGGAGAUGAAAAUUGCAAUAGCAGAAGUUUUAAGACAGUUUGAACUACAGCCCGUAACACGUCCUUCAGACAUUGUUUUCAUGGCAGAUCUCGUUCUUCGAAACGAAGGGCCGGUGCUCGUACAAUUUGUAGAAAGGCACUAA